AUAUGGGGAUGUGGGAAGCGAUCCCCAUUCGAUUUCUAACCCUCGGACCUUUCGUUUCGGCCAGCUUCUAAAUUUCUAAAAUUUCAAAAUUCAAAAUUAUCUUUCGAAAUUAAUUUAGCCAAAAUAAACACUCGACGGGCUCAAGAUGUGUGACGGAUGUGGAUCGUUGGAGCCGCGUGGAUGCCGCAGUCGGGAGCUGCGCUGCGGCAUCAUGUACACCACCUGCGACUGCGUGAAGCGGAACGGGCUGCAGGACAAGUGUCCGCGGUCCGCCUGCCAGGGCAGACCCGCCUGCCUGUGCUUCCCGUUCCCCACCUGCGGUCCGGCGGCCUUUCCCCUGCGCUACGCCAACAUGACGAUGGGCGUGAACAACAAGAGGAUGCGCUGUGCGGCCACUGGAGCUCCGAACGGCGGUGCAUGUGGCGGCCGAGCUGCCGGCGGAUGCUGUGGAUGCGGGCCCGGAUGUUGCUGUAAUCCAAUUGGAACUCCCUGCUGUGGCCUGCACAGUCCGCCAUGCUGUGGACCCUGUAACGAAACGCCCUGCUGUGGCCCGCACAGUCCGCCCUGCGGAGCCCCGUCGCCCAUUCCGUGCUCCCCUGCUCCGGGCAUGUGCUGUCCUCCGCUGCCCGAGGGCGGCAUUCCCGAUCCGCGUGUCUGGAACUACUAUAACACGCCCCCAACGUAUCCAUGUGGCUUCUAAGUGGCUUUGGAAAACUCUUCAAAUGGAACUGCCGUGCAGACGAGUGACCAGACUUUUUUUGGCUGCCGUAUUUUGGUUGGGAACUAAUCGACAACGGAGAACCGUCAUUUGACACAUUUUGUACAUAUUUAGGCUUUAAAUUAAAAUAAAUAUAAUUAUAUCUUAUCUUGA